AUGCUUUACUACAGUUCCUCUCUACCAUACUGGAUAGCCUUUGUAAGCGUAUUUGGUGCAGUACUUGUGUGGUACCUUACUCGGGAGCAAACUCCCGUUGCUAUUCCCGAACCCUAUAAGGACUCCCAAGGCCGACUGGUAUAUUCCAUAGCCGCAUUGCAGCGCUUUGAUGGUCGUAAUAAUGAUGAUAAAAAAAUGUACAUGGGCCUGAAGGGGAAGGUUUAUGAUGUCACCAAGAGCCCUAUGCUGGGUGUCCCUGGCGAGCAUUAUGCCAAGAUCUGGGCUGGCAAGGAUUGCACCGUGUCCAUGUGCCUGCUCUCGUUGAAGGCCGAAGAUGCCAAUCGCACAGAUUGGGAUGCGAUCCAGAAGGAGAAGCCGCAGUAUAGGAAAGCCCUGCUCUCUUGGGUUAAGCAUUUCCAUGACAAAUACCCUGUAGUUGGCUAUGUUGAGGAAUAUAUUACGGAUGGCAGGGACCUUGAGGCUGAGGACAAACAGGAUUGGAUCGAGAUAGAGGAAAUCGAGAAGGCCAAGGCUGCGGAAAAAGCAGCGAUUCUUGAGAAGAACAGAAAAGAAGCUGCUGCUAAGAAAACAGCGGCUAAUGAUCUCAAUGAUGGUGGCUAUAUGGUGCUCCUCUGUACUGCGAGUGGUAUGCUGGUUAGUUUAUGAUGGAAAGGUUGAGACAUACCCAGCUGGUUAGUAAGAACCGAGCCAAGUGCUGGAGAGCUCAGUUCGGUCUAUGCAGAGGGGAAGUCGGCGUCCUUCCUACGACUGUUGUGGUGAUGCUGGGCCGAGGUAGUGUAGUCGUACUACGCCUUUUCAAUGGAGAGGGUUCGGUUACUACAGCUAAAGGAUCACAGUUAUGUUACUGCUCGACUGCUCUUGAUCGAUGAAUAUAUGUGGGGGAAUUUGUUCACCGUAGUUGUUGAUUCCUCGACAUUCCUUCACUCACCAUCCUUACAGUGAAUAACAGUAUUUAUAUUGUUCUCUGUAUUUCCCAGCUCGAUAGUGUUUCACGUAAUUUGUCUUACGCUGGUUGCUUCCGCUUCACUCGAUGUGGUUGGCCUCAAUGAGCUCCCUAUAGCGGUAGACUGGGCUUGUUGCAGUAGUAACCAGAGGACCCAGUAUAUCGGGCGGCGUAUUUUCA